AGAAGCCGCAAGACAUCAAGACACUGCCUCACCGUGGGGUGAGGCAGGCCGAGAGAAUCCAGCUGCCAGCCCUGCCGCCUUUGCCAAGGCAGGCAGCGACUCAGGCAGCAGCACCCAAGCAAGUGCCUAAAGCAGAGACAUCAUCAUCUGAAAAGGCCACUUGCAAGCUGCCCCCUCUGCAAGCAGCAGCCUCUGCUUCUUCAGGGGGAGGAAGGGCAAAGUCAUUGGGAACAGAGGCCCGCAGCCAGCAAGAGCUUUUGCCACCUCUUCCCUGCAUCUCUGGCAACAGGGACAGAGCAGUGAGGGCAGAGAGGCGGGAACGUGGCCCACACAGCCCUGUGGCCCCUGACGAGGACAUGGGCAAUGCAAUACGGUCCUUUGUGUCCACCGUCAUAACAAACGCUGUAGCCUGCAACGAGGGAGCCAGCAGCAAGGCAAGGCUUUCUCCCUCAAGCAGAGUUCCCAGGACCAAAGGCCCCAGAACACCACCUCUCACCACAGCAGCGGCCCAAAACUGGAAGAGUCGGCACUCGUCCAAAAGCAGCCUUGCAUCCCCUGACGAAGAAAUGGAAGACCGAAUAAAGGCCUUUGUCUCCACUGCAAUAAGAAAUGGCCUUGCCUGGAACCAGGGAGCCAUGAGGGAGGCAAGGCUUCCUCCCGUGGGCAGACCUCCCACGAGCAAAGGACACAGAACACCACCUCAGCCCGCAACUGGGCCCCAGAAUUUAAAGAAGAGCUGGCACCCUGCCCCACACAGCCCUGCAGACUCUUGCACGGCACUGCAGGACACAGCACACUCCCGCGUGUCUGAAGUGCUGCAGAAGACGCAAAAAAGCUGGGAACACGGCCAACGAUCAGCAGCACUUGGGGACCUGGCACAAACGGGGUGCAAAUUGAGAGCAACAAGUUCAGCCGGGGUCCAGACAGACCUGGAGAGGACGUGGACGACUUCUCUGCCAGGGCCUGAUUCCCGGGUAUGCGCAGGAGCAAGGGCUUCCAGCAGAGACCCUGCAGCAGCUAGCCCAGGCCAGGGUAAGAAGAAAAAACAACAGAGAGAGAAACACAUCAAACCCAGGCAGGGGACAGGCAACGAGGGGACAAGCCAAGGCCGGGGCAAGAAAGAGAGCAGUCCUGGGGGAUGCGAUGAAGAGGAGGUCGUCAUCAUCAACUCCUGGAUCAACCCCAGGUUCGCCAGCCUCUUCACAGACGCACAGGACGUUCCCCAGGAAGAGGGCAGCGCAGCCAGCAGUGUGGACAGGGAGGCAGCACAAGAAGCAGAACACCCAGCAAGCGCCUCUCCUGGCUCGCUGCAAACCACGGACACUGUCCCAUCAGCUGCUCCCCAGGAAGAAAUUCCUGGGGAAGAGAGGCACAGCACGCCUCUCACCACAACAACACCGGCACAGAGCAGGCCAGCAAGUCCUCCAGCAGCCCCUGCUCUGGAAGAUGAGGGACACAGGACGCCUCCCCUGACACGUGGGGCUCCACAGUCAAAACCAUCGGCCUCUCCAAGCCCCAGCGAGCACAGCGCUGCCGUGAUGGUGGAGAGCCAGGGACGUGCCCGACAUGCCUGCAGUGUCUCUGAUGAAGAGCUGGAUGAAAGAGUUGACACCAUCGUGGCUGCAGUCCUACUCCACUCUGUAGCCAUCAUCCAGGGAGCGGGAGCCCCAAGCAAGGCAGCAAGUGCUCCCUGGGUCACAGUGCCCAGGGUGCCUCCUCCCACACCAGAGCCUGCAGAAUGUACAUCCUCGGCCUCUGCCUUGGCCAGAGGCCCUGUGGGGGAGGCCAAUGAAGCCCCUCUCGCUGCAGCAGCAAUGCCACAAGAAGAAGGUGGAGAAGGGGCUUCUCCUUUGGCUGCAGAGCCUCUCCGGGAGGCCAUCACAGAUCUCCGCCCAGCAGCAGCUGACGAAGCAGGAGCAGCAGCCACUCCCUUGGUUCCUGGGCACCAGGUGGCCAUCGAGCAGGGAGGCCAAGCGCAGUCCUCCUCCUGCACCAAAGAUACGCCAGCGGAUGAGCCAGCAACGUCCCAGACACAAGCGCCGUCCCAGGAUCUGUUGGCCGGGCCUGUUCAGCGCAGCGAGCAGCACCAAGCACAAGGCACCCUUGACCUCGCACAAGCCCCGGCGCGCCAGCCACGGCCCUCCCGCAUCAGGAGGGCACUUCGCGCGCUGCGCAGGGCUUUCCGCUGCAGCUGCAUCGCAGGACAGCGAGAGUAGCCGCGCCCGGCUGUGCCAGUCCCAGGAGGAUG